CCGUCAGCUUCGCAUGAAGCUCAAACUCAUGCACGUCCUCGUGAAUGGUGAAGUCCAGCCACUACUUCAGCUUGUGACAGAACUGUCGAUCAGUCAUCUUCUUCCGUAGCUCCCGUGGGUAGGGCGCCCCUUCGAGGAAGUCCAGGUGGUGAAAGUGAAGGAUCCCGCGCCCCUGGCUCUCUGAAGGGCCGAUCGACACCUUGCACUUACCGCUGACACCAGGCCUGGGGUCCAGAGGGCGCCGCAACAGACACGCGAGGAAUGCCCGCACGCAGAUGUUGAACAUCUCUGCAGCCGCCGCCGGGUUGCCAGCCGCCAUCUGGCGGCAGCGCUGGAUGUGUUUGUUGAGAGGUGGGCACUCGUUCAAGUCGAACACCUGCUCCUUGCUGAGCACACCUAAGUGCAAGAGAAGCGUACUCUCGAGGUCGUAGAAGUUUUGCGUCGAGAAGAGUACCGGCACGCCGAACCGUACAAUGUAGGAGAGGAUCUGCUGGCGAGCAUACUUUGGCGCCGAGCGAGCCCGGGACCCCACGCGAGACCCCCUUCACCUGUCAAGACGACCACACAGAAUACAGACAGUUCUCACAUGAAUCCUAAGUUUCCCUUUUUAAGCUUCUCACAUCGGUCAUCCACGCCUGAAAGUCUGCGUCUUUCAAAGUGUAGGGCAGGUUGAUUGUCGCCAGUUGCUGCGCUCGUUCCAU